UCGAAGACAAACAAACAGAUUAUUGAAAUAACGGAUUUUCCCGCUUAUUCCAGAAUUUUAACCUUGUUUAAAAUUUAAUAAGCCGGAUUAUUAGUUCAAUUGAUAGAAUACGCAUUAAAAUGCAAUUAUGCAUCCCGUCAUAGGCCAUUUCAAUCAGCAAUAUGGUCAUGGGAAGUAUAAGAGUUAUGAGCCCUAUCUGGAAAGAUUGAGAUGUUUAAAAAACGAUAGUUUCACCCAGAUCUAUCCCAGUGUGGACCUUCUCCCUGAUUCGCCAAUAUUUGCUUGCAAAUUCUCAGAGAGAAAAAAUUUUGAACAUAUCUUGGCACUUGCUAAUGAAGAUGGCAAAAUAGGUAUACAAAACGUUAAGAAAGGAGAGGAGCGAAUAGGAUUGAGGGCACAUAAUAAUGCAAUUUUUGAUUUAACAUGGCUAUUUCAACAAAUGAAAAUUGUGACCGCUUCAGGUGACCAUAGUAGUAAAUUGUAUGAUGUUUCGAGUAGUGGAAUAAGAGAAGAGAGUACGUUCUUGAAACAUGAAAGAUCGGUGAAGAGCAUAGCAUCCAGUAGAGAUGAUCCCAGUAUAUUUGCAACAGGAGGACGAGAUGGUAACAUAAUUGUAUGGGACAUUCGUGCUGAGAAUCCUUGUAAUGAUUCAUUGAUUGGAAAGAGUGAUAUCCUCAUAAGCAAAUCCCAUGUGACAAAAGCUGUAACACCAUCUAGAAAUAAAAAAAAUGUCGUGUUAUGCAGCCAAAACAAUUCUGUGACAGGGUUAGCGUUUCAAAAUUCUAAUACUCUUAUAUCGUGUGGAGCCGGAGAUGGUUGUGUUAAAGUGUGGGAUCUCAGGAAAACACACUAUAAUAGUAAACGGGAUCCCCUGCCCAGGUAUACGCUGCCUUAUCCUGGUAAAUCAGCAAGACAUGGAUAUAGUAAUUUAAUAAUAGAUUCUGAAAAUCUGAGAUUAUAUGUCAAUUGUUUAGAUAGUAGUAUUUAUUGUUAUAACAUCGGUACAUAUAACGUUAAUCCAAUUAUGACAUAUACUGGUCAUCAAAAUAACACCUUCUAUAUAAAAUCCGCUCUCAGUAAAGAUGGUUCAUAUCUAAUAAGUGGAAGUAGCGAUGAGAAUGCUUAUAUCUGGAAUCUGAAACAUCCGGAACCGAUAUGUAAGCUUACAGGUCAUACCGCUGAAGUUACUUGUGUCGCAUGGUAUCAAAGCACAGAUCCUUGUAUCGUGACUUGUUCCGACGAUAUCAAGCACAAGUUAUGGAAAAUUGGUACGGAAGACUUACCAGAAAACUUCGAAAUAGAAGGUCAAGGUAAAGCGGAAAUUUUGCCUUUAUUCAACAGUUGGAAUAAACCAAGAUUGAAAAGGCACUUAGUGAAUAAAGACUUAUUGAAAAAUAUCCCGAAAAAAUUCAUUAAUUCCUGUGAGAGAUGCUUAUGUUGCACGGAUAACGAGAGAUUCUGUGAAAAUUGUAACCAUUCGAACAAAAGGAAAGUCGAUGAUGAAAUCAGCCCCAGCAAAAGACUCAAUUCACAAUUUGGGCCUCGUAAGUUGUUUGCCAAUCUAGUUGGUAUCCAGAAUCUCGAUCAGAAUAAUCCUAACAAACGUAAAUUCAGCGAUCUUUCGCCAUUGAAGGAUUUGCCCAAUUACGUGAUGGAUGGCGUUGCUCCUCAUCUGAAUUUUUCACCACCAAAGAAGAAGCAUUGUGAUUGGUUGACGAAAUUGAGGAUUGAUUAUAGUUUCAAGAGGAAAAUGUUAGAAACUUCCGGUGAACUUAAUGCCAAAAUUGCCAAGUUAGAAACGACGCCCAAAAGUAAGACUUCCACCAAGACUUUAGCACAGAAAAGCCCCCUCCUAAGGUAUUUCAAAAUGACUAAUAAUAGUUCCAAAAGUGAAAAACUUCCUUCUGCUUUGAAGGGGUGUAAUGAUUGUGAUAAUUUGGGGAAUAAUAAUUGCAUGCAUAAGCAAUGAUGAAUAUUAUGUGAGCAUUAUUAUCCCAUUCAACAUUUUUUAUAAAUUUUUUAAUCCUUAUUUAUAUUAAUACUUGACAUUUUACAUUAUAAGCUUAUAAUCUCAAAUUAGUGGAAACAAAGAAUUUUAGUUUUGAUGUUUUUAAAACAUGUAAAUGAAAAUUAUGUCAACACAUUCUGAGAAAAUUCUCAUACUUACAAUCAAGCUGUUGAUGUGGCACACACAUCAGGACAUGAUUCGACUAAGAGAAAUUCUUAGAAAAAUAUAUUCUGAAUUUUCUUCUUUCCAUUCUAUAAAUUUCUAAAAUAAAUUUCAUCAAUUUCUUGCAACUGUAAUUAGACUACGUUAUGCAGAUUUUUUUUGAUUUCAUGAUAUUUUUCUAUUUUAUAUAAAAUUCAAACAUGAAUUAUUUACUUCCCUUAUGUUUAACAAUAACUUUCAUUUCUAUAGUUCAGUUUUGAAGAAGAAAAUUUUGAUAAUACAAAAACCUGAUGAUGCCUAUGAGCAUCGUUAUAUAUCCUUAUAUUUUUGUUCACAAAUAUAAUUUUGACGAAAUAUCAUUCUGUACCUUUGGAAUAGAAAUUUUUGAAUGAACUGAAUUUAAAAAUUGUCUAGUCUAUUUUACUGUGUUAUCACAACUAAAAUUCAGAAAGCUGUCUUUAUGUAGAACUUCUGCUAGUUAUUGAAGUUAGAACUGAUCUCCCUGUCUUACUCAUAUGAAUAAUAUAAUAACUUUAGCUGCAGUGUUUACAUUUAUUCAUUGUACAUUUUUACUGUAAAUAUAUGUUGUAUGAUUAGACAAAGUGUUUGAAAUAAAAUGUAGUUUUU